AUAUGUGAACUGUGUGGAUAAUAAAUUCUCAGAUUGAAUAAUUUGCCAUCUAUAAAGAGUCUCGGUAUCAAACUUAGAUUGCACUAACUAUUUGCUGUAACUAUUGAUAUAUGGUUCUUCGAGGUACAGCGCAUGUUGAUGCAAGUUUGAUCGAAGAACGAUGCAAUGAUCAAUGUGAGUUAUUUUAAAGCGGGCGAUCAAAACAUACAGUACAUACAGUAUGCAGAGAUAAUCGAAGUCAAGCGUCGAAGUCUCUCGAGGCGUUAUCGGAGUUCGGUCUGUCUGAACGCACAGCACGAUGAUUAGCAUGCAGCAGCAAACGAAUUUGAAUAUUGUAACCGGGCCCGAGCAGCCACAGGAAGAAGUGCAGCUAACCGAAUUGCGGCCAGUGAAGCUGAAGCGAUCGUACAUCAAAGAAAAUUACGCAGUCUUUAAGGAUAUCGACGUGACUAAUACGACCGAUUCGACCGAUACGAUCGACGCGGUCGAUGCAACCGACGCUCUCAAAGCACUCAGGAGUCUCUCGGGUGACUGCAGCGAUGGCGAUAACUUUAACCUGCGGAAAUCCAACUUUUGCAAGAAUGCCGAACAAUUGGAACUUCGGAGCAGUAAGCAUCGACGAGUGGAGGUUUGUCGCAAAAGAGCGAAAGUAACCAAGAAUAAUGCUCAAAAUGUAGAUUUUGAUGAAGAGGAAAAUAGCGAGGUGGCGAAGAAGAAAGUGCGUAACGAUAGCAAGAUCGUGAAAAUACCGAAAAGGAAACUUACGAGCUCGUCAAUCAAGAAGAAGGAUAACGAUUGGGAAAGCAAUUAUGGAAUGGAUGAGAAAUCGAUUAGGAAGGAUACUACCGAAUCUGAUGAAGAUGACGAGGACGAACAACUGUACUUGGACUUAGAAAAAAAAGACUGUUUGAAGGAUGAGGUUUACGUAUAUAGACAAGAAUCGUUGGAUCCAUGCUCGAGCUCGGAAUCAGAGGAACUGGAUACGAUCAAUCAUAAGGAUUCUUGUGAGGAUUAUCCCACCACGGACGGAGAAUUAUUUAAUGGAAAGAGAAAAUUUAUUGAAGAGACCUCUAACGCGGAUAACGAGAAAGAAAAAUUCGAAUUCAAAACAGAUGGCAUUACUGAGAAAGAAAUUCGUGAAAAGGAGCUGAAAUUGAAGACCGAUGCCAUUCAAUCGAAUUAUUUGCUGGAACGCGAAAAUAAUAACGUUGUGGGUUCUGACAAAUCAAAAACUAAAAUUAUAGAGCACAUAGGCACCUCCUCCGCUGCUGCGGAAACGAAAAAGACGAAAAAGAAGCGAACUGAUCAGACUAAACAACCGAAAGAUCCACAGAAUCCUCAAAAGAAAUACUGCUGUGUUGUAUGCGACGCGCGCUUCAAGGGUAGCGGUGGUUUGCGGAAUCACUACAAAGUAUUACACGGUGACGGACCGGCGUUCAAGUGCGAUGAUUGCGGCAAGGAGUUUCCACUGAAGGAACGGCUGAAACUGCAUGUGCGCACACAUACCGGUUUCAAACCGUACAAAUGCCAGGAGUGCGAUAAGAGCUUCGCACGGGGUGGCCAGCUGGUACAACAUCGUCGCACGCACAGCCAGGUCAGGCCAUUCCAUUGCAAGCUAUGCUCCAACACCUUCACAUGCGCGGCCAAUCUAGCAUUACACUUGAAACGUCACAACGGCCAAAAGGAUCAUAAGUGUGACCUGUGCGGACGUGCUUUCGUGCGACGCGAUGCCCUGAAGAAGCAUCUGGAGUGCCUGCACCGUGACGUCAAGUCAUUUCUCUGCGCGAUCUGCAAUAAGACCUUCAAGGGUCACCUACCGCAACACAUGAGGACACAUGCGCACGACCGUCCACAUGGCUGUGCCACGUGUGGUCAACGAUUUGCCCAGAAGUCCCAGUUAACCGUGCACCAAAGGACCCAUUCCGGCCAGCGACCGUUUCGAUGUCAAGUCUGCUGGCAAGCUUUCGCUCAUUCGACCGCUCUGAAGCUGCAUACUCGACGUCAUACCGGAGAACGGCCGUUUAAAUGUCCCGAAUGCAAUGCCGGCUUCACUCAACUGCCACACUGGAAGAAGCACAUGAAGUGCAUACAUGGUAGGAACAAUCCAUACGGUUGUAAGCGUUGCAAGAGCUUUUUCAGGAUUAAAAGCGACCUGGAAAGUCACGAGAAGAUUUGUCAUCCAGAGAUGGAGGCGGAGAACGACGAUGGUGAUGUCCUCCCAGCCGAUAAAUCGCCUGGCUGCUCCGAGAUCGUCGAGAAGACUUCUGUCACCGCAAAAUAUAAACUAAUGACGGUGGAGAAGAUGCGGUUGCUGCUGGCAGUGCUGUUGAAGAAGAUCAGCAAGCAGGAACGAUUGGACGAGCUUGGCUUCGGUAAACGUCUUAUCGACGACGUUCUUCAGGAUUCCCUGAGGUAUGCUGGCAAAGAACCAGUCAUGAGGAAUGGUUUGUCCGAACUUGAGGCUCUCACUCGAAAUUUAGAAAUUUUUCUAGAAUGGACAGUACCGAAGAAGCAUUGGGAGAAUUUCCGUAAAAUGAAAAAAUCGGCCGAAGAGAUUCUGGAGACGCUCACAGAUACGUAAACGUUUACCCAUUAAUAAUUUUAUUGUCUUCUGCGUAAAGAUUAGAAAAGAGUAUAUAUAAGA